AUGAACUUCUUCGAUCCAAAUGGCCCAGGCGGAAUUCUUAACCACUUCGCCGCCGGAGGUAUGCCCGCGGGAUAUGGCCCCAUGCGUCGCGCAAAUCCACGUUCAUACGAUGAAUACCUCAAGGCCUACAGCAUGGCGAUGCUUCCAGGUAGGGAGCGAGAGAAUGUCUCGUACGGUGGAAAAGUUAUUAUGCCACCAUCUGCACUUGCAAAUUUGACGAACCUUGACCUCGAGUCUCCAUGGAUGUUCCAAUUGCGCAAUCCUGCCAAUCCUGCUGCUUCAACACAUGCAGGUGUUCUCGAAUUCAUUGCUCAGGAAGGCGUGGUCCAUCUGCCCUAUUGGAUGAUGAAGACUCUUCGACUUAACGAAGGUGAUAAUGUUCGCAUCACUGGAACAGAAUUGCCGAAGGGAAAGCUCGUGAAGCUGCAAGCGCAAACGGUUCACUUCCUAGAGAUUUCUGAUCCUAAAGCCGUACUGGAACAGGCUCUGCGGAAUUUCUCUGCGUUGACACAGGGCGACAUCAUUGAAAUUUCCUACAACUCGAUUAUCUUUGGCCUUCUUGUGAUGGAAACGAAACCUGGUGGAGAGGGCAUUAGUGUUCUGGACACUGACCUUGAAGUCGAUUUUGCACCCCCGCUUGGCUACGUUGAACCAGAACGACCUAAAGCUGCCCCGCCUGCAACGAUGGCCUCCAAAUUGAAGAUCGAUCUCAACUCCCAUUCACCUGGAUCUUCUCGUCCUGGGUCAUCCCUAAGUGGAGGCUUCGCAGGGGCCAACACUGGCAUUACGACUGUCAGCAAAGGAGGAGAUCAAUGGGAGAGCUUCAAGGGCAAGGGAGAAACUUUGGGUGGGAGGAGAACGAAAGGGAAGGGUAUCAGCCAUCGGAAAGUGGAGCCAGUGGGAGAAGGCAGCAAGAUCAUUCGCACCGAUGCACAUAAGAUAGUCUCGAACAGCACUCUGGAAAUGGAGACAAAAGUUCCUGCUGCUCUCAACCUUCCGUUCGGCCAGCUUUUCUUCGGAUUUCACGUAACACCGUACACGCCGCCUACGCAGGCCGCCUCUUCUGAGCGUGACCCGCAGUCUCCCUUCUCGGGAUCUGGGAACACGUUGAGCGGUCGUUCAACAACAGCGGCAUCGUCCUCAACAGACAAGGGCAAAGUUAAAGCCUCCGAAUCGACAUCUUCGACAUCCAACCAUAAUUGGGGUGCAUCCGGCCAGACGUUGGGAAGUCAGAGGCCGAUACCGCAAGACGGACCAGUCGGGGCUGGUGGAGCCAGAGUUCCCCAACCUCUGCGACGCGACAACACGAAAUCGAAGAAGGAACGCAGCCCGUCCCCAGAUUGGGGCGUUGAUGAUGACGACGUGAUCAUGAUUGACAGUGAUUAG